CAGCAUAAGAUUCGAUCUUCGCUCUUUUCGCCAUCGAAAUCGAAGCAACAAAAAUGGCAGCUGGUGUCACCAGAAAGAUCUCAGCUGCAUCAGCUAGGUCACACACAAGGAAACCCAAACCCAGUUCUCCAUCUUUUCUUCCGAAAGGGAUCUUCAAGAAAUCACUGCUCGUAUUCUUUACGGGGUUUUUGGCAUGGGCCUAUCAAGCAACACGUCCACCCCCUCCAAAGAUAUGUGGAUCUCCAGAUGGUCCUCCUGUUACAUCUCCCAGGAUAAAGCUUCGUGAUGGAAGGCAUUUAUCUUACUUAGAGUAUGGUGUUCCAAAAGAUACAGCCAAGUAUAAGAUAAUAUAUGUCCAUGGUUUUGACUCUUGCAAAUAUCAUAAUAUUUUUGCCGAUACAGCCUCUCCGGCUCUUAUCGAAGAUUUAGGGGUGUAUAUUGUUUCAUUUGACCGACCUGGUUAUGGAGAGAGUGAUCCGGACCCUAAGCGAACACUGAAGAGUUUAGCUUUGGAUAUCGAGGAGCUUGCUGAUCAGCUGGGACUUGGAUCAAAAUUCUAUGUAGUUGGAUUAUCUAUGGGUGGAGAAUUGGUUUGGCCUUGUCUCAAAUACAUCCCACACAGGCUUGCUGGUGUAACUCUCAUUGCCCCAGUAGUUAAUCACUGGUGGCCUAACUUCCCUUCUAACAUAUCCAACGAAGUAUAUUCCCAGAUGUUUAAGCAAGACCAAUGGUGUCUGCGUGUUGUUCACUACCUACCAUGGCUGACCUACUGGUGGAACACUCAAACAUGGUUCCCUGCUUCAUCUGUCGCUUCUCAAUCCCUUGCUAUGUUUUCUCCCCCUGACAUGGAAAUUCUGUCGAAGCUUCCCCCUCCCACAGAAGCACAAAAGACGCAACCAAGACAACAAGGAGAAUUUGAGUCUCUCCACCGUGAUUUGAAUAUUGCAUUCGGCAAGUGGGAAUUUGAUCCAAUGGAACUAGAGAACCCGUUUCCAAAUAAUGAAGGAUCUGUUCAUAUAUGGAUGGGUGAUGAUGAUCGGUUCUCGCCUGUUACACUGCAACGUUACAUCGCCCAACAACUUCCAUGGGUCAAGUACCACGAGAUUGCACGUGCUGGCCACAUGUUUGCUUUGGCUGAGGGGAUGACCGACACGAUCCUGAAAGCGCUUCUAAAUAUAACGGAUUAGCUUGACACUCCUAUGGCUACGAUUGCUAGCUAGUUUUAGUCUCGAGAUGUUUGUAGAUCAAGCGAUCACUCUUUCUAUGUUUUCAAAAUCGAGUUUUUGUUGUUUUUAUUUCGUCAGGCAUCUUGUUGGGGAUGUCAUGUUGUAUAUGAUUGUGAUAUUUAUUUCCCUGGUGGGUUUAUUUACACAUUGUGGAACCAUGGUGCCUUUUUCUGAUAUUUAUUUACCAAUUGGGAUGCCA